AUGGAUAUUCUUCAAUUAUUGGAAAAUGCGAUUUUGAGUCCAGAUCCAACUCAAAGAACUCAAGCAGAAAUUGAAUUAAAUGAGGCAGCAAAUAACCAUUUUCCUCAAUAUAUUUCUUUAUUGAUUGAAGCUUUAAAUAAUAAUGAUGCCAAAACUGAAGUAAGACAAUUAGCAGGUAUUGGUUUAAAGAAUCAAUUAGUUUCAAAAGAUCCAAGAACAAAAUUAGCUCAGCAAGAUCGUUGGUUAAAAUUAGACAUUGAUUUAAAAACUAAGAUAAAAAAUCAAGCAGUUUUAGGUUUGAACAGUGAUAUUCAAAAAGUUGCUAGCACAGCAGCUCAAUUGGUCGCCGCCAUAGCAGAUAUAGAAUUACCAAGGGGAGAAUGGCCAGAAUUGAUUCCUAUAAUAAUUCAAAAUACAAAACUGGAAAAUCCCGAGAAUGUAAAAAGAGCUUCUCAAUUAGCUAUAGGUUAUAUAUGUGAAACAUCUGAUCACACGAAUCCAAAUAUUUUAUCACAAGCUUCAGGAAUCUUGAUUGCUAUUAUUCAAGGUGUUCAAAGUAAUGAACCAUCGACUAAUGUUAGAAUCACUGCUUUAAAUGCUUUGGUUAAUUCAUUAGAAUUUAUCAAAUUCAAUUUUGAAAAUGAAGGUGAAAGAAAUUAUAUCAUGCAAGUAGUAUGUGAAGCUACCCAAGCAGAUAAUUCUGAAUUACAAGCAAGUGCAUUUGGUUGUUUAGCAAGAAUAAUGUCAUUAUAUUAUAGAUUUAUGUCACUUUAUAUGGAAAAGGCUCUUUAUGGAUUAACAGUUUCAGGAAUGCAAAGCUCAGAUGAAAAAGUUGCUUGUAUGGCAGUAGAAUUUUGGUCAACUGUUUGUGAAGAAGAAUUAGAAAUUGCCUUACAAAGACAUGAUUUAGGUUUAGAUCCUUUACAAAAUGCUACAUCGCCUGAUUUGGUUACUUUUAAUUUUGCAUUGAUUGCUUCAAGUGAAGUAUUACCAACUUUAUUGACUUUAUUAACUAGACAAAAUGAAGAUCCUGAAGACGAUGAUUGGUCAGUCGCUAUGGCAGCAGGUGCUUGUUUACAAUUAUAUGCUCAAAAUAUAGGUGCUUAUGUUGUUGAUCCAACUAUAAAUUUCGUAAGCACUAACAUUACAAAAGAUAAUUGGAGAUCCAGAGAAGCUGCAGUAAUGGCUUUUGGCUCAAUCUUGGAUGGACCAAAUCAUGAUCAAUUGAAAAAUACGAUAAAGGAUGCAUUAAGUCCUAUAUUAGCUUUAAUCAAUGAUCCAAAUUUACAAGUUAAAGAGACAGUAGCUUGGUGUCUAGGUAGAAUUGCAGAUAUGGUAGUUGAUGCGAUUGAUAUUGAAACUCAAUUGCCUCAAUUGUUAGAAGCUUUAGUCAAAGGUUUACAGGAUCAUCCAAAAGUUUCAACAAAUUGUUGUUGGACAUUAAUGAAUUUGGUUGAACAAUUAUGCUCAGAGCAAGAUCAAGAAACAAAUGUUAUGUCACCAUACUAUCCAACUAUAAUUCCAGUAUUAAUGCAAGUUUCAGGUAGACCAGAUAAUGAGAAUAGUUCAAGAGCUUCUGCAUAUGAAGCAUUAUCAACUUUUGUAACGUAUAGUGCAUUAGAUACCAUGGGAAUAGUACAAAAUAUAGCAUCAGAAAUUCUUUCCAGGUUGGAAUCCACAAUAGAAUUACAAUCACAAGUAUCUACAACCGAAGACAAAGGUAAUUUGGAAGAAUUACAAACCAAUAUAUUAUCAUUAUUGACGAAUGUUAUAAGAAAAUUAGGAUCAAAUGUAAUAAAUGCAGCAGAUAAUUUGAUGGACAGAUUCAUAAAGUUAUUAAAUGCUCAAGAACCCAAUUCAGUUAUUGAAGAAGAUUUAUUUAUAGCUAUAUCAGCAUUAGCAAGUGCAAUCGGUGAUGGAUUUAUGAAAUACUUGGAAGCAUUUUUACCAUAUUUAACAAGAGCUUUAGAGAAUGUUGAUUCACCAACUUGUUUUACUGCUAUUGGAUUAGUGGGAGAUUUGGCACAAAGUUUAGGCUUACAAAUUACAGAAUAUCUCAAUGGAUUGAUGACGAUUUUAGGAAAUAAUUUAAGUAACCCUGACAUUAAAAGAGAAUUAAGACCAGCUAUAGUAUCAGCAUUUGGUGAUGUUGCGGCAGCUAUAGGAACCAAAUUUGCACCAUACCUUGAGUACGUCAUGAAUAUAUGUACAGAAGCUGCAAACAUAGAACCACAAGAUAAUUCAUUGGAAACCAUGGAUUAUGUAUUAGGUGUUCAAGAAGCAGUAUUAGAUUGCUUUGUUGGUAUCACUGCAGGCUUUUCAGAUCAACCUCAAACUUUAUAUCCUGUAGUUGGAACAAUAUUACAAUUCUUGCAAAAAAUCUCACAAGACUCAACAUUAUCAAAUAAUGAAUCAGUUGCAAGAUCAGCCACUGGGUUAAUUGGUGACUUAGCUGCUAUGUAUCCACAAGGUCAAUUUAAACAGUAUUUCGAAAAUGACUGGGUCACUGAAUUUAUCAAAAAGACAAGAUCGAACGUCAUGUUUGAAGAAAAAACAAAAGAUGCUGCAAGAUGGGCAAGAGACCAACAAAAAAGACAACAACAAAUACCAUCUCCAAUGGGUUAA